GGAACCUGUAACAUCGAAUACUACACAGCAACAUGAGCCUGCGCGCGCAACAUGCUCGUGGAGCGAAGCGAAAGGACGUGAACUACGCCGUCCUACACACGGGCCAAGCAGUUCCAGACAUGGAUGGAGAUGAUGAUGAGAAGCUCGGCAAGAAGCAGGCCAAGAAGAAAGCUUCAGGCUGUUACCUGUGCGCAGCAGCAUCCCAGACAGCCAGCAAGCUCUAUACAUGCUCAACCUGUCCAAAUAGGUUCCACAUGUCAUGUGCCAUAAAGUUGACCCCAACCGCACCGUCCCAUCGAUGCUGCGCUUGCAUCGCAUCGGACGCCAAGGAAGCGCUACCUCGUCCUCAACUCACGUCGCUCGACAAUGCUGUGCAAGCGUUAAAGGAAGCCAAACGCAUCGUGGUCGUCGUAGGUGCAGGGAUCAGUGUGUCGUGUGGAAUUCCAGAUUUCCGAUCAAAGGAUGGGAUAUAUGCCAUGGUGAAAGACAUGGCGCUUGAUCUACCCGACCCCGAAUCGCUCUUCGACAUGGACUUUUUCCGGUCGAAUCCCAUCCCGUUCUAUCGAUUUGCCGCCGCGUUCUUCAAUGGCAAGUCGUUCACGCCUUCGUUGACCCAUCGGUUCCUGCGGCGCUUGCAAGACCAGCAUCAACUGCUUCGCGUGUACUCGCAGAACGUCGACGGACUCGAGGCCGCUGCGGGCGUCACCAAUGUCAUUCAAUGCCAUGGCACGCUUACCACCUCUUCUUGCAUGUCCUGCGGCUAUGCACUGGACACGACCACUGCACUGCAACGCUGCAAAGGUUCCAAGGACCACAUUCCAAAAUGUCCGCAAUGCAACGAUGGGAUUCUCAAGCCAGACAUUACGUUCUUUGGCGAAGCCUUGCACGAUGCCACGCGGCAUGCCCUUCCCGUCGAUCGAACUCAAGCAGACUUGGUGCUCGUGAUGGGAACGUCGUUGCAAGUGUCGCCUGUGGCGGACAUCCCCGUGUACUUGAACGCGGUUCCGCAAGUCUUGAUCAACAUGGAAUCGGUGACACCCAAGGGAAAGCUAGGGUUCCGGGGCUUUGACAUUGAAUGCCUCGGACCGUGCGAUGUGAUUGUGGAGUAUUUCAUGGCUGCCCUGGACGGAAACGCGUCGGUGCUGUCAUCGCCGAUGCACGUCCAUCCCCCGAAUCGCUACUGCUUUGAUGGAUGCCACCUGGACGAUGUGGCGACAGAAGAAGGCGCCCCUCCUUCGAUCGACUCUUUUCACUGGUAACUUCCUGUCAGUUCCAUUCGACCCGUUCUUUCGUUGCUGACGGAUGGGAUGCAGCGACGAAUGUGGGUCAGACAUUGCCGGUGCACGGUUCUCCUGUGGGUACGUACAUAUGGCCCCCUACGACAUCGCUUCAUGGCCUUCAUGCGUAGAACGUGCUUCGACUUCGACCUUUGCUUGGCAUGUAGCAAUUCGACUCUGCAUCCGCAUGCCCUGUUCAAAACAACAUGUGACGUUUCGAUAUAACGUUAAUUGAAUUAUUCGGUAUAUACCCGGUAUGUAAUCAAAUAACC